UGGUUGUUAAGUUCAACGAGAGGUAAACAAAUUGAAAUAUGACUUUGUAUAUCAAACCAAAUAACCAAACUUAUUUAGGACCUGGUGUGUCAACCAAUGAAUUGGGUCAUUUGAUCGUCUGCUGAUGGGUGUGAUAUUGGCACGCCCACUCGUUGAGUUUUGCGUAGUCCUCUGCCUAUUGGCGCGCACAACUCAGCUGGCCACACAAGGUGUGUUAUUGUUAUGAUAUCAGGAUAACAAUAGUUCUUUCCAACUCACCAGUUAGCAAACACAAUUAUGAUUCUCUUAGAAGUAGUGUGGCUGUGAUUCGGCAUUGAUUUAUAAAUACUGUAGAAGGUCUCGUAAGUUGUAUAAGCGUCUGUGUAUUUCUUCGUCAAAAAACUUCUUUUUCUCACUGACGUUAUGGACAUAACUUACGUUUUUCGUUCGAUUGACAUUCUCGUCUAGAAAACCUAACUUGUAGAAGUUCAUUUCUGCUAUGAAAUGAAGUUGACUUGAUGACGUCCACAUAAUCUCUUUCGGAGUCUCAGAAUGUCUGACUAGCUGUUUGAUUUUAGAGGAUUCAUUGUUUGCCAUUCGUCUAUAACUUUGUCAGUUGUAUAUUUAUCAUUUGGAACGCCCACUAACCAUGAACUAGUUCUGUCCUUAUUAGUUUGGAUCAUAAUUGAUAUGAUAAUUAUCAAUUGAUGUCAUCCUUAAUGUUCCUUUUGGACCGCUAGACUACAAAUAUUAAUACUUAUCCAGGUACAAGCAAAGACAAUGGAGACCGGUACAAUGCCUAUGAUUGUGAUCAACCAGACAUGGACUUCGACGUCGGCAACCACGGCAAUUGGGAACGACGGUCGAACUUUCGUGUUCAAUGACCCAGUGCAGCGAAUCAUCCUGGCGGUCAUUUUCAUCAUCGCUUUCUUCGUUGGUUUUACCGGUAAUGGAUUGACGAUGUUAGCCGUGGCACUCAGUAGGAAACUGAGGACGAUCACCAACGUCUUCGUGGUCAACCUGGCCAUCGCUGAUCUCCUUACAUGCUGUGUCCUGCCGUGGAAUACCGUUGCGUUAUUAAGUUUCAAUGGAUGGCCGCUGCCUGACUGGGUAUGUGCAGGUGCUGCUCUGGUACUGUAUACGUGUGGUGGAUGUAGUCUUUAUAGUCUAGCUACCAUAGCAAUCAACCGAUACAUCAUUAUCACCAGACCACUUAGAACAUAUCGUGCCAUCUAUACCAAGAGGAAUAUUGCUAUUAUCUUGACAAUCUGUUGGUUGGUGCCAUUCUCUGUAUCAUUGAUCCCUCCUUUGUGUGGAUUAGGUGAGCUUGGUUAUGCUUUAAAAUACAAGACAUGCUCUCACAAGACCACCCACCCGUUAUCAGAUUACUAUAGUAUGCUCCAGGCAGCCGUCUUGUAUCCAGUACCCCUCAUCAUCAUCGUCGUAUGCUACGUUAAAAUCUUCAAUCACACCCGACGUCAUAUGAAAACGAUGACGAUGUCCGAAUCAUCCGACACAUCGGUUUCGAACACAAAGCGAUCGUCACCGAACGGCACUCCGCAUAACGAAAGUAAAUCCGUUAGGAAGAGGCUUAAUAAACGCCAAGUCGAAAUCACUAAAAAUAUGUUAUUUGUGGUGUGUGCGUUUGGUCUAUGCGCAUCACCUUACUGUGUUUCACUCAUGAUUCCACCAAGUGAUCCUGCUAUCCCUUGGACAGCCGCCAUCUUGCUUUUUAACAGUUGUGUGAAUCCGUUCAUCUAUGCUACUAAACAUCCAUAUUUCAAGCAAGUAUUCGGGUUCAUGUUGAAGUGCCAAUGUACGAAGAUCCCUGAGCAAGCUAGUAUAAUCAGAACAAUCUCAUCAAUGCAUUCUUCUUAUCGAUCGACGAGGAGGAAAAAUAGAAAGUCUGCUACUCAAAGUUGCACAAGUAACUCGGCAACAGAAGUUGCCGUCUAAUAUGUCUUUUAUGAAAUAGUAUUUCAUCGGUAGUGACAAGCUUACUGAAUAUAGCCCUGGGAAUGAAUAUUAUAAUCAUGAUAAUGGAGCGUUGAACAAGCUGUCUCACAACUUUUCAUAUUAAUGAUGGGUUGAUUACUAUUCAAAUAGCCUAUAUCUUGCUUAUUCAAAUAAGCUGAGUUACCAUGAGAAACACGAGACCUUAUUUUUAUUACAACAUGCAUUUAGCAUGUUUUCCACUGCCUUAAUUGUUAUAAUCAUUUUUUUUGUUAAUUCCAAAAGGAGCUAAAUCUACAUGUUUACCGUUUUUCUGUAAAUUCAGUAUUUUUAAUUAAGUAAGUAUAUUAAGUUAUAUCUACCGCUGUUGCAAUAUGUUUUAUCACCAUCUUAUAUCAAUCAAGUAAUGCUUUUACAGGUCAAGUCCACCCCCUAAAAUGGAUAAUUUGAAUCAAACAAGCAUAAUGCUAAAAAUUAACCAACAUCGGAUUACAAAAUAAGAAAGUUAUGAUGCUUUGGAAUUUGAAAGACUCGAUGAUGUCCCUCAACAUUUCUUUUGUUCGAAUUAUACAACUUUUCAAUUUUUACAGAUUUGACAAUAAGGACCAACUUGACUGAACCACAAAAUGUUAAAACAAUGGUAAUGCCACAUGUUCAGGGAGGAAUUUAAAAUCGUUUAAAUGACAAUGAGCAAAAUUGAAAUAUUUUAUGUAAUAAAUACAAAAGAAAUAGUGAGUGAGUUGGUGACGCCAUCAGUUUCUUCAU